AUGUCUGGCUCGCAGGAGUGGAUCCACAACCCGCUGGGUGUAGUAGAGGCGAUGUUUGGUGACAGCCAAAACAAUCCAGACUCAAAAUGGGAGGCUAAAGCUCUUGGUUUCUUCAGUGAGCAGCUCAAAGAGAAAGAAGCCCAAACCUCGAUCCCAUCCCUGAACGAUGUCCCGCUGCAUUACCUGAAGCCAAACAGCCUGGUUAAGUUCCGCUGUAUGAUCCAGGACAUGUUCGAUCCAGAGUUUUACAUGGGAGUAUAUGAGACCACCGACCCGUCAACAAAAGCAAAGGUUUUAAAAUGUGGCAAGUACAGAGACGUGGCCGACUCCGGAAUCGAUUUUAACUCGGACAACAUGGUGACCCUCGAGAGACAGCCUUUCUACUGUGUGCCUGUCCCCGGGGAAAACGCAUGGGUCAAAGACUGUUACACCGGCUCCAGUCAGGUGCGCGUCCUUCCCUCCACAUCUUACGCUCCGACGCGACAGAAACGCAGCUACGAGGAGGACGAGGGCGAGGCCAUGGACACACAGCAAACUGGUCCUCAGACUGAAAAUUACAGAAACGGCGACUUUAAACGACAAGAGACAGAAGCUCCUUCAAACCACUCGUCGACCCCAGCGCCUCUCGACCUGAACUUCCCUUUACCCGGAGAGAAGGGCCCCUCCUGCCUCGUCAAAGUUUAUGAAGACUGGGAGAAGUACAAAGUGAAUGACGUCAUAGAAGUGUUUGGAGUCCUGUCCGUCAGCCCGGCUCUGAGCGCUUUGGAGAAAGAAGGCUCCUCCCUCCUGGACCCCGCGGACGCCAUGGAGACGGUGGAGGAGCAGCGCGUACACUGCCCCCCCGCCUCGCUCGUCCCUCGGCUGCACGUGCUCCACGCUAAAGCCCUGCAACACAACAACCCUCUGCUGCCCCCUGCCCCCGUGGAGAGCAACAGCACCUUCUUGUCCUCGUCGGUGGCUGACUUCCCUUCGGUUCGUGCCGAGCUGUUGACGUAUUUUACUCACGUUCUGUUGGGCGACGCUCUGGCCGCAGAGUUCCUCAUCCUUCACCUCAUCUCCACCGUUUACGCUCGACGAGACGUUUUGCCGUUGGGGAAGUUCACCCUGAAUCUCAGCGGAGUUCCGGCUUCUUACACCGAGAGACUGUAUCAGAUCAUUCAGCAACUGGUGCCAUCCUCGUACUACCUUCCCAUGAGCCUCCAGAACAUGAACCAGAUGCGGCUGGUUCCUAAGAAGGACUACACGGCCAACCGGCUGCUGAGCGGAGCGCUGCAGCUGUCCAAGAACACCACACUCUUUCUGGACGAGACGCGGCUGCAGCAGGGGCAGCUGGACACCACAGGUGUGAGGAACGUGACCGCGCUCGGGAACCUGAUCUCGUGGCAGAAGGUUGAUUAUGACUUUAACUACCACCAGAUGGAGUUUCCCUGCAAUAUUAAUGUGCUCAUCUCCUCCGAGGGACGAUCUCUGCUGCCGUCGGACUGCCAGGUGCCCCUCCGGCCACAGCUGCCUCCCUCUCAGCUGGACGAGUAUCUGAGCGGACUUCACGUUCCACAGACAAACUCGCCGCAGACAAACCGCUUCAGGAGUUAUCUGAGUCUGGCCCAGCUGCUCCCCUACAACAUCUCUGAGGAAAUGACUAAGUGGGUGGAGGACGACUUCGUGGACAUGAGGAAGGACGAUCCCCAGAGCAUCUCGGCUGAAGACCUGCACCGGCUGCUGGUGGUGGCGCGGCUGCUGGCUGUGUCGGAGGGAGAAUCGGCUCUAUCCCGGGAGUCGUGGUCUAAAGCUAAACACCUGGAGGCGCUGAGGAGGAGCCGCACGGAGCAGAUGACCAGUGUGAACGGGAACGAGCCCUGA